GCCCCAAGGCUUCCCCAGCUUGGGCAUGGAUGAGAUGGUGGCUACAGCUGUGUAAGCUCCAAUAUUCUGUGACUUGUGAGGCUUCCACAAACCAUCAGGGCCUAGACCUGAGACCAAAGGACUUAGUGGGGCUGACUGUGAGGCAGUCUAGUUCCUCAGCCAUGAGCAUGUUUAAGUCUCUUAAUUUGCUUUGUCUGAAGAGCAGAGACUGGGGGCAGUGAUACAAGGUAUUGGCGCAUAAAUCUGGUGGUCACUUCAUUUAAACAGUGGCCUCUGGGUCAGACAGUUCUGGAUCCAAAUCCUGUCUCCACUGUAUAUUUGCGACAUUGGGGGAAGUUACUGAAACCUGCUAGACCUCAGUCUCGUCAUCUAUGCAAUGCAGGUAACAAGUGCCCAUGUCUUAGGGUUGUGGGAAAGAUAAAAUAGGUCACUGAGUGUAAGCACUCAUCCUUAUGCCAGGCACAGAGAAAAUGCUCAAUGUUAUCAUAGUAACAGUGGGAGCUAUUAUUGCUCACUACCUGAUGUUCUGGGGAGCAGACAAGUGAGCAGGUGAGGGAGGUGAUAAAUUCUUCUCUGCUAUCCAUGUCACACUGGACCCCUCAUUCUCUCCAUAGGUAUCAAGAGAGAUGUUUCAAAUUCGGGGCCUCAUUGUCUUCUGCGGGCUGCUGGCCCAAACCAAGGCCCUGCUUGAAGGCGAAGGUCUGCCCCUAGUGCCAGCUCUGUCCUCGAUUCCCACGGAUCUUGCUGGAAGCUUGAUAAGUGCUCUCACCAAUGGCCUGCUCUCUGGGGACCUGCUGGGCAUUCUCAAAAACUGUCCAAUCUUGGACAUCCUGAAGGCUGGAGGAGACAACUCUAAUGGCCUGGUUGGGGACCUUCUCCAGAACAACCUCAUUGAAGUAAAAGUCACUGAUCCUCAGCUGCUGGAACUUGGCCUUGUGCAGAGUCCUGAUGGCCACCGUCUCUAUGUCACCAUUCCUCUGGGCCUGGUCAUCAAUGUGAAGAUGCCCAUAGUUGGAGGUCCAUGGAGACUGAAUGUGAAGCUGAACAUCACUGUGGAACUCUUAGUUGUGCAAGAUGAUCAGGGGAAAUUCCGCCUGAUCGUUGGUGACUGCACCCAUUCCCCUGGCAGCCUGAAAAUCUCCCUGCUUGAUGGAAUUGCCCCUCCCCUCAUUCAAAGCCUUGUCGACAGCCUCACCGGGAUCGUGAAUAAUGUUCCUUCUGAGCUGAUACAGGGCAAAGUGUGCGCUCUGGUCAAUGAAAUUCUCAGCCACCUGGAUGUCACCCUGGUACAUAACAUUGCCAACUUGCUAAUCCCUGGAUUGAAAUUUGUCAUCAAGGUCUAA